CACCUCCCUCCACAAUACCCUCACCCCGCAAAAAACCCUAAUCUUCGAAUUCGAAUUCGAAGAACAGCCACCGCCCAUAAUCCUCUCUUCUCCUUGAAGGAUAGCCACUUCCCACCAUUCCACUUCAGAGCUAAAACUCACCGCCAAACCCUUCUCUCCCUUCUCUCUCUCUGUCGCCAUCUCUGUCCGAGCUCUCUCUGUCGCUGCUCCUCGCCGUGGGUUCGUUGCCGCUUCUCUGCUCCUCGCCGUGGGUUCGUUGCCGCUUCUCCCCUCCUCCCCGUGCGUCGUUUCUGCUUCUCCCCUCCUCUUCGUUUCUGCUUCUCCCCCCUCGCCGGCGUCGUUUCUGCUUCUCUGCCCCACAUCGUGUCUCGCCGGCGUUGCUUCUCUUCCCGUGGAGUUUCUAGUCUCUGCUACAACCCUCUCAGGUCUCAAGUCUCUUCUUCUCUGCUGCAAGCCUUCAACCCUCUCAGGAUUGUAUUGGGAUUGAUUACCGGUAGGCAUAGAAUGGAGAAGGGCUUAAGUAGCAUCACCACCAGCAGCAGCAAGGAAGGGUUACCUCUCACCCCUCAUUCCAACUUCAAAACUGCUUCCACCGACGAUGACCUCGCUCACAUCCUCUUCAACAUCAAAUCCUCCAAAACUUCCGCUGUUAUCAAUUAUGGCGCCUCUUGGUGCCGCGUGUGCAGUGAAAUCCUCCCUGCAUUCCAUAGAUUGAGCAAUAAUUUUCCAAAGCUCUCCUUCGUCUAUGCAGAUAUUGAUGAAUGCCCAGAAACAACUCAACACAUUCGAUACACCCCUACUUUUCAAUUUUUUCGAGAUGGUGAAAAGGUAGAUGAAAUGUAUGGUGCUGGAGAAGAGAGGCUGCGUGAUCGCGUCUGGUUGCACUCUUGAGUACACUAUACAAUGUCAUUUUUAUUGUUAGAGUUAGGUGACAUGCUUGCAAUUUUCCAGUAGAUGUAACAUUGUGAAUCAUGAACAAUUCAGUGAAUAUUCAGGCAAACCCAGUAUCCAAUGUUUCCAUUUGAAACUACAACCAUAUAAACCGUCCUUUUUUGAGG